CAUACGGCGGUACGUGGUACUCGUAGCUGUAUCCAGUCAGUGUGUCACGUAGGACGGAAAAGAAGAGGAAAACCGGCCAUUCGAUUAGGCCGAAACGUUAUCGAGGUGGACGUUCACUGUCCGUGCCAAGGGAGGUCAGACCAUCCGUUUACCUACCUAGUCGAGAACUCGUGACGACGUCGACAUCGACGACGAGGACGUGGAGGAGGAGGAGGAGGAGGAGGACGACGACGACGACGACGACGACGACGAUUGAAUAUAAUAAAUAACGCGCAUCCGAGGAUUUAACUUGGAUAAUUACAUUCAGAUAAACAGAGAGAGAGAGAGAGAGAGAGAGAGAGUGAUUCACCAUGGAGGCGAUAGCGAAACACGAUUUCAAUGCGACAGCCGAUGACGAGCUCAGUUUUCGUAGGAGUCAAGUAUUGAAGAUUUUAAACAUGGAAGACGACAUGAAUUGGUACAGAGCAGAAUUGGAUUCGAGGGAAGGCUUGAUACCGAGCAAUUACAUUGAGAUGAAAAAUCACGAUUGGUAUUACGGGAGAAUAACAAGAGCAGACGCGGAAAGGCUUUUGAUGAACAAACGCGAAGGUGCGUUUCUUAUCAGAAUCAGCGAGAGUUCUCCCGGUGACUUUUCCCUAUCAGUCAAAUGCUCGGAUGGCGUUCAGCAUUUCAAAGUUCUCAGAGACGCGCAAGGCAAGUUCUUUCUCUGGGUAGUAAAAUUCAACAGUCUUAACGAGCUCGUCGAAUACCAUCGCACCGCAUCAGUAUCCCGUUCUCAGGACGUGAAACUGCUUGACAUGAAACCAGAGGAGUGUUUGGUCCAGGCGCUCUAUGAUUUUGCGCCCCAGGAACCGGGAGAACUUGAAUUCAGACGAGGCGACGUCAUUACCGUAACAGAUCGCACAGACCAGCAUUGGUGGCACGGAGAGAUUGGCAACAGACGGGGACUCUUCCCAUCGACUUACGUUACGCAGUAUCACUCCUAGGUAAUUGUUCAAAUUACCAAUUCAAUUGCCCAAAGGAGACGACAAACUCCGUCAUCAUCGUCAUCGUCAUCUUAUCCUGCCACAAUUACCUACAGAAUUCGUAUAGCUGCGGAAUUGAUCAACAAUAUUCUUCAAACUACGCCAAUGGAGUGGGCGUUUAGAAUGUAUUGGUGGUCCAGGCGCAAGACUUUGUAGCUCUUUUAUACAGGGCAUUGAAAUAAUCGUGAAAUUUUCGUUUUAUCAGUUUUUCAUUUUAAAAGAUUUCCUUGUUUUUUUUUUAUUUUUUCUUCACUCUCUCUUUCGGUUCCGUUUCUUUUCAAAUCCUACAAUGUUUCGAUUAUUGGAUUCAUAUCACUUUAGAAACUUAAGACUAACUCAGACACGCACAAAUGCGUCCGGUUGUUUAAAGAACGUGAAACGAGAGAGGGAAAGAAAGUAGAAUGUAUGAAAUCAACACAUAAAAAUACCCAAAUCGAUCAACGACUGAUGGCUCGCAAGCCUAACAACAAGAUUUAAUAUUGACAAUUUCUUAGCCUGCUUCCGUAGUUUUUUCACUGCUGACGAAUUCAAUGUCACAUAAUCAAUCUGACGGAUCCCUGAUUCAUCGCCAUAAUGUAAUAGCACGUUGUAUUUGAGAACUGGAUCGAUCUUUCCUAUUUUCUUAUUUUUCAUAUUUUUGUUUUUCUUGUAUUUUUGUGUAAUUGUAUGUUUCCAUGCUUGCAUUGUAACGUCUAAAUAGACUCGGCUGAUUUAUGGAAAGUAUCGAGAGUGAGAGAGAGAGAAAGAGAGAGAGGCAGAGGCAGAGGCAGAAGGAGAGAGUUAUCUAUGUAAAUCGGAGCAUCGUUUGUUAUGUGUAUGUAUAUACAAAUACAUAUAUACAUAUACAUAUAUAUAUAUAUAUUUUCAGGAGUUUUGAUCAGUAGUAACCUGACGUUGAUCUUCACCGACCUUGCUUUGAUUUAUCGUAACGAUUACACUUAUUAUUCUCUUCUUAUAACUGCAUUUUAUUUUAUUACGACGUAUUUGUCUUUUGUUUCUCAUUUUAAAUAAUAAACUUGUUCUUUGUUAUGAUUGUCUUUCCGUUUUUUUUUUUUUUUCUAAGUAUUAGAUUUGCACAGAGGCGACGAUAACAA